GGGAUGAGACAUGUUUGUGGCAGACUUCGUUGCCGGCUCGGUUGGAGGAGCGUUUGGAGUUGCAGUAGGUUUUCCUCUCGACACUGUGAAGGUUAGACUACAGACACAGAACAAAUUCACCGGGGUUUGGCAGUGCAUCCACACAACCUGCAGGAAUGAAGGUGUGUACGGUUUCUAUAAAGGCAUGUCGAUGCCCAUCACCACCGUCUCUGUCAGUUCAUCGGUGGUGUUUGGCACGUACAGGAACGUGCUUCAGGUCCUGCGCCAGCUUCGUGGAAAAAGCGCAGAAGCCCCCAGUGCCAAACUGGAUAUAUUCCUGUCAGGCCUGGCUGGAGGAGUCGCUCAGACUUCAGUAAUGUCACCAGCCGACAUUGUGAAAGUGCGUCUCCAGUGUCAGACUGAGCCUUAUCGAGGGUCUGACCUCAAAUCCGGGCCCAAGUACAGAGGGCCUCUGCACUGCCUUUUCACCAUCGCACGCGAAGAAGGACUUCUGGGCCUUUACAAAGGAGCAGGAGCGCUGGCGCUUAGGGACGGCCCGUCUUUCGCCACCUACUUCUUGGUCUACAACACUCUGUGUGAAUGGUUCUCUACAGACAAGAACAGUCAGCCAGAGUGGAAGGUGGUGCUACUGGCCGGAGGAGUAUCCGGAAUGUGCGGCUGGAGCGUCGGGACCCCCAUGGACGUCAUAAAGGCCCGAUUACAGGUCGACGGCGUGGGCGAGAAACGCUACAAAGGAUUCAUCCACUGCAUACGAGAGAGCGUCCGGAGCGAAGGACCCGCCGUCCUGUUCAGAGGACUCUUGCUCAACUGCGUACGCGCCUUCCCGGUCAACAUGGCCGUUUUCGCCAUGUAUGAGCUCGUCAUUCGCUUUCUGCGACCGCAAUGAGACGCUGAUCAGGUAUGACAGCUGAGGUACGAUAUAUGUAAGUCGUAUAGGUAUAACGGGACAUGGACAUGUGACCUUUCAGGGAAACAAGGUAAAGCAUUCCUGUCAACAGCCGUUCUAUAUGGACACAAAAACAAAAGAAGACUUAAUGGGUUGUUUAUUAAUAUUUAUUUAUUAAUUAAUUUUAAUUAGUUCUAUGUCAAUGUCUAUGUCGCUUUAUGCACUAUUUGAUCAGUGGGCACAAGGCCUCUACAUGUAUGGACAUAUAGCACAGCUGAGAUUCGAACCCGGAUCUCAGCAAUGACAGGCCAACAAGCACCUAAAACCUUCUUAUUGUUUUAAACCUUCUUAUCUAAUUGUUAGUUUAUUAUUAAAUGUAAUUUAUUACUACGCACAGGGAUUCCUGUACCCUGUUUUACCUGCUGAAUUUUUCCUCCUCCUCCAGACCCUGUGGGUUAUUCCAGUCCAAUACGAAUUAUUAGCCAAGUGUGUGUGUUAGUAAGAGUGUGAUUUCCAAUCGACCAGUGUACAAUUUAUCCACCUAGAACUCUGUAUUAAUGACUUAUCUAAUAAUAACAUUAACCAAAUCUCCUGAUACACCAUGUGUACGUCAGCAGACCCCAAUGAGCCGCUUCUGUAGGUUCUGAUCUAUACGGACUACCUCAUAUAGCACCUCAUAUAAGGUGCAUGACGAAUACUUGAUGAUGCAGUUUGUCGAUUUUCCAAGUGGAGGUCAGUUAAAUAGGGGUCAUUUGGGCUGUGUGUCGCCUCACAGCAAGAAGAAGGUCCUGGGUCCUAUUCCCUGGUGGAGUUUGCAUGUUCUCCCCGUGUCUCUGUGGGUUUCCUCAAACAGUACAAAGGCGUGCAAGUGAGGUGAAUUGGAACAACAGCCACAGGUUAUUUUAAUCCUGCCCCGUCACACUUCUCCCAACAGAACUUUCAUCCCUGCUCUGCACAUGCUCAGACCAUCUCAAUCUCACUCACCUCGCUGUCCCUCCGUCCCUAAGCUUGACCAACGAGAGUCGCAGCAGACCAGGGGUGUACAAACUUUUGCAUAAGACUGUACAUUAGUAUUAUACAGUUAAUAUUACCUACUUGUAUUAAUUAUUUAUUGUUUGGUGUUUUACAGUAAUGUGUCUGAUAUCUAAUAUUACAUACGUUGACGUGUCAAAGGUGCAAAAGUAUGUGGACACCCCUUCUAAUUACCGGGUUCAGGUAAUUCAGCCACGCUCAUUUCUAACCGUUCUACGAUAGAUUUUAUCUAUCAAAUCACUGAUUUGCCUACAACUCAGUGGCAACAGUUUCAGCAAGACCAGUUCCAUUAGGACAGAGUUCGGCAGCACCGACCUCGGACACAUCGGACGCCUUUGGGAUGAAUUGGAAUGUUCACUGCCUUACAAAAGGUCCUUUGAAUGACUGAGCAUGCAUUCCUACAGAAACCAUCCAAAAGGCUGUUGUCUACGGCUUCGGAGCAGAAUGUACAACGUACUCCUGGCCGGGUCCACGUAGACUUCAUGGUCACAAUUAUUUGGCUCUGAAGUGCCCAGUGUUUGGGUGUGGCACCGACAUGGACUGCCACACUUCCUUUCCAACAGGAUCAGCUACCCCACUGCUGAUCUGGUGUAAAGCACAGCACUGAAAGUCCACUGUGCAGUGAAAAGACGUUCUCUAUAGUCUUUGGGCAGGGUGCUUGGGUCUGGCAUUUUGGAACAUGACUGAAGGGUUUUGCUUCCAUUCCUACAGCAUUAGUGAUGCCAUGGGCUGAUGUUGGGCAUUGAGGCCUGGCUUGCAGUGGGUGUUCCAAUUCACCCCAAGGAUGAUAAAUGGGGAUGAUAAAUCAUUCUGAAACAAGAAAAGGGGCCUUGUUAGUCCCAGAGUAAGAAACCUUAUUGGCAACAAUAUAGGGAAGGCCCUUUUGUAGUUUCAGAACGACUGCGCACAAAGCAGCGAAACCGUCCUGCUCGAAACCCUGAUGAAUCCGUUUUUGGGGUAAAUUGGAACUCCCACUGCAAGCCAGGCCUCAAUGCCCAACAUCAGUCCAUGGCAUCACUGAUUCUUUAAAAAUGGAAGCGAAACCCUUCAGUCAUGUUCUAAAAUCUAGGGAAAAGCCCAGUGCUAGUGUACAGACGUGGGACCAAGGCUAAGUGAGUCUGUAUUGAGAUGUUCAGCAUCCAUUAAUGUAUGUGAUAUUUGGGUGUCCACAUACUUUUGGUCAUGUAGUGUUUAAUUCUACUAAACAGGAUCUCCCCCCUUAUAAGAUUAAUUCAUGUUUCUAUCAGGUCAUUCAAUAAACUCAAAAAGUGAUCAAA